AAUCCAUCAGCACAUUUUCAAAAGCAUAUUUAGAAUUAAUUAUCGAUAUUUGCCUAAUUAAUGCAAAAUAAUCAAGGCGUGGAAACUAUCCCAAAUAUCUCAUUUAUCCCAUGUAUCCCAAAAAUAUUCAAAAUAAUCCCUGAGCCUCGAUGCAUUAGAAUUGAGAUAUCCCAUCAUAUCCUGAAAUUACACGUCCAAAACACUAAGGAUACGUUGGGAUAUCUUUAUUAUCGUGCAUACAUGCAUAGGAAUUUUUUGAAUAUUUUUGGGAUAUGUGGGAUAAAUAUGAUAUUUGGGAUAGUUUCCUCGCCUUGAUCAGUUCUCAUUGAAUUUGAUAAAUUUGAUAAAUCUUGAGCAUCAAUUGUAAUCCUAUAGUUACUCCCGCUGAAAAAGUGAAGUACGCGGGAAAGAUACCCAAAACCUUGUAAGGGUUAUAUCCAGUUAUAGGAAGUAGGACGAAAAUAUUUAAAUGCGGGACGUAAAUGGGCGUAAUAUGGACGUAAUCCAGGCCAAGUUUCAUCACUCCCUGACAACUUGCUCCCGCGUACUUCACAGACACUAAUUGGGAUAGUUUCCACGCCUUGAAAAUAAUGGUUACUCAUGAACAAUCAAUGAUACCAACCCUGAAGAGAAUAUUCUUUGCUUUCUAUUAAUUCCCUCUCCAUCAAUUUACUCAUCACGAAAGAUCAGUAAUCUUUUCUCGUUCAUAUUGGUGUGAUUUAAAUUAAUUGUGAAAUUAAUUUAAGCUUAGUUAUUAUUUCAAAAAAAAAAAAAUGAUUUUUGUAAGUGCAUAAAAAGUGCAAAAAAACCACUCAAUUUAUUGCAAUUCAAAAUAAGUUUUUAAGACUUAAAGUUUAAAAUAAGUUUCAAAAAAAAGUUAUCAUUUUUGUUUUAUAUGAGUGACGUUUUUAUUUAAAAAAAUUGUCUGUAUUGAAUUAAUAAUGACAUCAAAAUUAGCUUGCUUGUAUUUAAUUAUAUUCCUGAUGCUUACUGAACGUUCUGCUUGCUAUAAGUGCGAGUUUUAUGGAUAUUUUUCAAAUGACUACACCUGCAAAGUAUAUCCAGAUACAAGUGAUAUUAAUGAUCAACAUGAGCAAGGAAAAAGUAACAAAGAUGUUGCACGCAUUAAGUAUAUUGGAUCGUUAAAUAAAGUAUCGGAAUUAACUCAAUCCAAUUUUCAAUUCUGCAUACACUUUGAAAAUUUAAUCAAAAUUUAUAUUGAUCAUAUUGAUCAUAUUGAACGCAUCGAUGAAAAUGUCUUUUCAAGUUGUAGAAAUUUGAAAAUUUUGACGAUUGAAAUGACUUCAGUGAGUGAAAUUAAUGGAAAUUUAUUUUCUGAAAAUACAAAAUUGACAGCAUUAAACUUAAAUAGCAACAAGUUAUCAAAUCUACCAGAAAUUAUGUUGAGGAAUCAAAAAGUCUUGGAAAAUUUGAAUUUAUCAGCAAACAAAAUAAGUUUUUUAAGCUUGAACCUUUUUAAAUCACUUGAAAAACUCCGUGUUUUAAAUCUGGCAAAAAAUAAAAUUUCUGAUUUGCCAAAAGAUAUCUUCAAGUAUUUAAAAAACUUGGAAAGACUAGACAUAUGGCGAAAUGAGCUCACAACUGUCCAUUCAGAUUCAUUCGGGAGUCAUGGAAAAUUGAAAUACAUUAAUUUUCAAUGGAACAAAAUUAACUCGAUUGAUAAAGUUCUGAUUGAUAGCACACCAAUAACUACUCUUAAUAUGAUUGGCAAUAACUGCAGUGAAACAGAAAUGACGUCAAGGGCGAUGAUACAAAUGAGCUUAGAAACGUGCUUCCAAAAUUAUGAGCCACGCGAAGAAACAGAUACAAUAAGACUCAAUAAUAUCCAUGAUAACGUUACUAACACUGGAAGUGAUGCUGGAAAAUCAUUUCAAACGGAAGCUUUGCACACAUGCGGUCAACGCGUAAUGGGAUUAGGAACUGUAAUUGGAGGAAAUCAAAUCAAAAGAGGAUCUUAUCCUUGGACUUCUGCUUUAUUGCGGGCAAAUGGAGACUUUUUCUGUGGAGCAACCUUGAUAUCAGAUACAAAAGUAGUAACAGCUGCACAUUGCAUUGAAGAAAAGUUUAGUGAAACUGUGCUUCGACCACGCGAUCUUAUUGUUGCUCUUGGAGCUCACAACUUGAGAAGCUCUUUUGAAGUAGGCAGGCUAUAUAUUGCGGUUAAAAAAAUUACAAUCCAUCCCGAUUGGCAUCCAAAAAUUCAAUCAUAUGAUGCAGAUAUUGCAGUUCUUGAACUGUCCAAAAAAGUCACUUUUGAUGAAUUUAUUCAACCAAUUUGUCUCUCUGAUACUCAAUCAGCAUCUUCAUCUAUUUCUUUGGGUUUAGUUGUUGGUUUUGGAAAAAGUGAAUUCGCAGAAAUUGAAAACAUAGCAAGAUCAGUUAAUAUUCCAAUUCUUAGCUACAGAGAAUGCGCUGAACAAAGCACAAACCAUCAAUCUCUUCUCAGUCAUCGAGCAUUUUGUGGUGGAUAUGCUAAUGGAACUGGAGUUUGUGUCGGAGAUAGUGGAAGUGGACUAAUUGUGAAUCACAAUGGAGUUUAUUAUCUUCGCGGAAUUGUUUCAUCAUCUCUUUAUGGCGACGCUCAUGGAUGUAAUGUUCAUGCUUAUUCCGUGUUUACUGAUGCUGCUAAAUUUCAUAACUGGAUACAAGAUUCUGAUGCACAAGAUAAGAUAGACGAAAAGAAGAAGCUUGAAGAUGAAAUAAACAAACUGAGAGAAACAAUUGCACUUUUGAGAGAAAAGUCAUUAAAUUAAUUUUUAAAUGAUUUCUUGCUUUUAAACCAGCCAUUCUACAUAAAUUAAAAAAAUUAGCUAGCUACUCAGUGAUGUUUCAGAUAACGAAAAGUUUAAAUGCAAAUUUAAACAAUAAUUGUUAAAAUAAAAUCAACUUUUACUUUAAAAGAACAAUAUUAAUGUUAAUGGCUUAAAAAUAAAGCAACAAACAUAUCCAAAAAGUAUAAAUUUAAUAAAAAUAAAAAAGGAUCUCAAGAAAUUACUUUGCAGGUUGCAUCAACACUCGAAGGAACCGAAAAGAACAAAAGGUUGAUAUAAAACGGAUGUUAUGGUAAGAUCAUGAUAAAUAGCACGUGAUACCUGUUGUGAAGGAUCUUCAGGUUGAUUUUAUUGCCUUGUUAAAUUCAAUGUUUAGCGUCACUUCCGCGUUUGUGUGAAUCAAAGAAAUUAAGAUGGGAUUUUUUAUAAAUUGAUGGUUAAUAAUCAAAAGUUUAAGAAGGAAACUUCAAAUUUAAAAUGAUACAUUUUGGAAGCACUGAAAUUCAAUUUAGGGUUUAAAAUUUAAUUUUUUUCAAAUAGUUUUAAUUGUUGCAGAUCUAUUUAAUUUAUAGUCUUUGUAAGAAAUUUUGUGCAGGUUGCAAUCACACCUUAUGUCGCUCGUAUCCACCUCCGAUCACCACGCAUGAUGCAAUUUUAUUUCUUCUUUAUUUUUUUUUUCUCAAUUUUAUCUCCUUGAGAGCCCUUUUCUGCUAAUUCUACCUGCCAACAUAAUCAUUUGCUCACUUUAACAAAAAAAAAAUAUAUCAAAAUUUAUUGAUCAUUUCCUAGAAAUUUCUUUUUCUGGUCCGAGAAACAGCUUUUGCAAUUGAGUAUCCUUUUCAAUUCUUUUUUUUAUACUUUUUUCUAGUCUAUUGAUCAGAAACUAAUCAUGAUAAACCUUUGAUGUUGUUGGAACUAUCAUUAAUUUUAUAUCCUUUUUUCGUACCUUUGGUUAUUUUUUGAAGAUAUCAUAUGGCUUGAAUGUUGAGAUGAUGGGAUGUCCAUAGAUAUUCAAUGUGGGAUGUCUGCAGUAAAAUGUGGAAUUUUUAAUAGAAUUUGAAACUGACCUAGUUGUGACCUAGUUGUGACCUAGUUUGUAGAAAAAAGGUUAAAAUUCGUAAACAUAUAAAAUUUCUCCUUUUCCUCGUAAAAUAACUUAUUAUCUUAGAUUAUCAUACCUUUCUUAGGGCUUCUUCGGUGCCGGGACCAAGACUAUGACUUUUUGAGAAUUUCCAGUCUUCGGGCUGGGAUUUAAGUGCGAAGUUCACACUAGUAAUUAAUCUCGGUGUAAACUGGCUUUUAAUCAAAUUACAAUUUUCAAGCUUUACGAGCUCAAAAACCUUAUCAGCAAGUGAAUUUUGACAUUAAACUCAAUGAUUUCAAAACUUACAUUUGUCAGUUUUGUGUUGUCUAUAGGCAAGAAAAGAGUUGUUUGUUGAGCAUAAAAUUAUUCAACAAAAUGUCGUUGAAAUUUAUUUUGCUAAUCCUUUCGUUUCCAUUUAUUGUAUCAAGUCAGGAUGCUGUUGGAUCUGGAACUUGUAACUAUAUCGAAUCUAAAACUAGACGAUUCACUGGAUAUCUAUGCAAGUUAAGUGCUAAUGAAUCAGAAGUUCUUACUGAGAUUGAUGGAGGUCAUUUAGAAGGAAAAACGGAUGAUGAUUUAACUUAUGUAUCAGGAUCUAACUUAACAUUCAUGACUCUAACUUCAAUUUUCUGUGAAAAGUUUAAAAAUACUGAAAGAAUGAGCAUUUUUAAAUCAAAAGUAAACAAAAUUGAUGAAAACGCGUUGGAGAAAUGUAAAAACUUGGAACUUUUUGAUUUUUGUGACACCAAAGUUAGCGUGGUUCCUGAAAAAUUAUUUCUUCUCAACUCAAAAUUAAAAGUAAUUAAACUGAACAGAAAUCGCAUAACAACUCUACCCGAAAAUGUGUUUUCAAAUCUCAAAGAACUUCUUAAUAUUUUUAUAUAUAGCAACGAGAUAAGCUAUUUACCGCCAAAUAUAUUCAAAUCAAAUACAAAACUUAGAUUAUUAUUUUUGGACAACAAUAAACUUACAGCCAUUAAUUCUAAUUGGUUUGUUAAUAUGCCAGAUUUAGAUCGUCUGAACUUAGCAGACAAUCAAAUUCUAGAUUUGCCACAAAAUGCAUUUAUUAAUCUUAAAAUAUUACCUUUCAUUUGGCUUGCUAAUAACAACUUGACAGUCAUUCACUCAGAUUCCUUUGGUGUUAAUGAUAAAUUAGAGCAUCUUUAUCUUAGAAACAAUAAAAUAAUUGCAAUUGAUGAGAAAUUUGUCAAUAAUACAGCAAUUCAAAAGAUUGAUAUGAGUGGGAAUGUCUGCAGCCAGGAAGAUAUAAACAACAGAUUUCAAAUUAAAGAAGCUUUCCAAAAGUGUUUUGACAACUAUCGACCACGAAAGGAACAAAAUUAAAAUUAAUUGUUCAAAAUUAUGUUGUUAAUAAAUGAAAUAAACAUCAAAUUUUUUAAAAGUUGAUAAUUUCUGAAGAAAAAUGACGUCACUCUAAUGUUUU